AUGAGUGUAGAGGAUGGGGGUAUGCCAGGCCUGGGCCGUCCCGGGCAGGCCCGCUGGACCCUGAUGCUACUCCUAUCCACUGCCAUGUAUGGUGCCCAUGCCCCAUUGCUGGCACUGUGCCAUGUGGACGGCCGAGUGCCCUUCCGGCCCUCCUCAGCCGUGCUGCUGACUGAGCUGACCAAGCUACUGUUAUGCACCUUCUCCCUUCUGGUAGGCUGGCAAGCAUGGCCCCAGGGGGCCCCACCCUGGCGCCAGGCUGCUCCCUUUGCACUAUCAGCCCUGCUCUAUGGCGCUAACAACAACCUGGUGAUCUAUCUUCAGCGUUACAUGGACCCCAGCACCUACCAGGUGCUGAGUAAUCUCAAGAUUGGAAGCACAGCUGUGCUCUACUGCCUCUGCCUCCGGCACCGCCUCUCUGUGCGUCAGGGGUUAGCGCUGCUGCUGCUGAUGGCUGCGGGGGCCUGCUAUGCAGCAGGCGGCCUUCAAGUUCCCGGGAACACCCUUCCCAGUCCCCCUCCAGCAGCUGCUGCCAGCCCCAUGCCCCUGCAUAUCACUCCGCUAGGCCUGCUGCUCCUCAUCCUGUACUGCCUCAUCUCAGGCUUGUCUUCAGUGUACACAGAGCUGCUCAUGAAGCGACAGCGGCUGCCCCUGGCACUUCAGAACCUCUUCCUCUACACUUUUGGUGUGCUCCUGAAUCUAGGUCUGCAUGCUGGCGGCGGCCCCGGCCCAGGCCUCCUGGAAGGUUUCUCAGGAUGGGCAGCACUCGUGGUGCUGAGCCAGGCACUAAAUGGACUGCUCAUGUCCGCUGUCUUGAAGCAUGGCAGCAGCAUCACACGCCUCUUUGUGGUGUCCUGCUCACUGGUGGUCAACGCCGUGCUCUCAGCAGUCCUGCUACGGCUGCAGCUCACAGCCGCCUUCUUCCUGGCCACAUUGCUCAUUGGCCUGGCCAUGCGCCUGUACUAUGGCAGCCGCUAGUCCCUGACAACUUCCACCCUGAUUCCAGACUCUGUAGAUUGGGCGCCACCACCAGAUCCUCCUCCCAGGCUUUCCUCCCCCUCCCAUCAGCAGCCCUGUAACAAGUGCCUUGUGAGAAAAGCUGGAGAAGUGAGGGCAGCCAGGUUAUUCUCUGGAGAUGGGUGGAUGAAGGGUUACCCCUAGGAGAUGUGAAAAGUGGAUUUGGUUAAGGAAAUGCUUACCAUCCCCCACCCCCAACCGAGUUCUUCCAGACUGAAGAAUUAAGGUAACAUCAAUACCUAGGCCUGAGAAAUGACCCCAUCCUUGUUGGGCAGCUCCCUGCCUUGUCCUGCAUGAACAGAGUUGAUGAAAGUGGGGUGUGGGCAACAAGUGGCUUUCCUUGCCUACUUUAGUCACCCAGCAGAGCCACUGGAGCUGGCUAGUCCAGCCCAGCCAUGGUGCAUGACUCUUCCAUAAGGGAUCCUCACCCUUCCACUUUCAUGCAAGAAGGCCCAGUUGCCACAGAUUAUACAACCAUUACCCCAGCCACUCUGACAGUCUCCCCCAGUUCCAGCAAUGCCUAGAGACAUGCUCCCUGCGCUUUCUACAGUGCCGCUCCCCACACCUAGCCUUGGUUCUGGAAACCCCAGAGAGGGCUGGCUGGGCUUGACUCAUCUCAGGGAAUGUAGCCCCUGGGCCCUGGCUUAAGCUGACACUCCUGACCUCUCUGUUCACCCUGAGGGCCAUCUUGAAGCCUGCUACCCACUCUGAGGCUCCUAGGAGGUACCAUGCUUCCCACUCUGGGGCCUGCCCCUGCCUAGCAGUCUCCCAGCUCCCAACAGCCUGGGGAAGCUCUGCACAGAGUGACCUGAGACCGGGUACAGGAAACCUGUAGCUCAAUCAGUGUCUCUAACUGCAUAAGCAAUAAGGUCUAAAUAAAGUCUUCUAGGCUGUAGGGUGGUUCCUACAACCACAGCCA